GAGCGCCUGCGCAGCGUCGGGCGCUGGGCGGGGCGCCUGGUCGGGGUUAAGACUGGCUGCCGGGAGCGCGAGGCUGCUCCGGGGACUCUGUCUUUCCUACGGCCGGCCUGGGAGGCUUGCGCCCUUGGCACGUUCCUCUUCUCUUCCGGCGGAGAGCUUGAGAUGUAGUGAUGUCAGCCAGACUUCUCGGAGCCCUGGCCGGAUCUCAGUAUAUUUUAUCAAAAACACGUCAGUGCCAAAGACUUGUUCAUCGAACCUUGAAGCUGCUUGAGACUACAACAUACAGCGCCCUGACAAGAAGUCAGAAGUUGGAUUUGUUCUUUCCUGAUACGGCAACGGGUAGUUUGAAUAAGUCCCAGAUGCUGGAAAUGAACCAGAAAAUAUCAAAUACAAACGUACUCUCUCCAUUAAACUCUGUGCGUGGCCAAGAUGCAAAAGCGCACCUUCCAACCAGGAAACCCUUUGAUACUCACAGGAAAGUGACCCACAAGCCGAAUCUAUUAGGUUCUAAGUGGUUUAUAAAAAUAUUAGGGAGGCAUUACUCAUCUAUAUCAACGGAAACACUUGUUCCUAAACAAGACUUUCCACAAAUCAAGAGACCACUAAAAGCAUCGAGGACCAGGCAGCCAUCCAGGACCAACCUUCCAGUUCUGUCUGUGAAUGAGGACCUGAUGCACUGCACUGCGUUUGCUACUGCAGAUGAAUACCAUCUUGGAAGCCUCUCUCAAGAUCUGGCCUCGCACGGAUAUGUCGAAGUAACAAGCUUGCCACGAGAUGCGGCAAAUAUUUUGGUGGUGGGUGUGGAAAAUUCUGCGAAAGAAGGAGAUCCUGGAACAAUAUUCUUCUUCAGGGAAGGAGCUGCUGUGUUCUGGAAUGUGAAAGACAAAACUAUGAAGCAUGUGAUGCAACUUCUAGAAAAACAUGAAAUUCAGCCUUAUGAAAUUGCACUGGUACACUGGGAAAAUGAAGAGCUUAACUACACAAAAAUAGAGGGGCAGUCAAAACUUCACAGAGGGGAAAUCUGGUUAAAUUCAGAGCUAGAUUUAGAUGACGCCAUUCUAGAGAAAUUUGCUUUCUCAAAUGCUCUUUGCCUUUCAGUGAAACUGGCUAUCUGGGAAGCAUCACUGGAUAAAUUUGUUGAAUCUAUUCAGUCGAUUCCAGAGGCUUUAAAAGCUGGGAAGAAAGUGAAACUCUCUCAUGAAGAAGUUAUGCAGAAAAUGGGUGAACUCUUUGCCCUAAGACACCAUAUAAACUUGAGUUCAGACUUCUUGAUCACUCCUGAUUUCUACUGGGACAGAGAAAACCUGGAAGAACUUUAUGAUAAAACUUGUCGGUUCCUCAGCAUUACUCGCAGAGUUAAGGUAAUGAAUGAAAAACUUCAACACUGCAUGGAGCUAACAGACCUUAUGCGGAAUCACCUGACAGAGAAGAGGGCACUCCGCCUGGAAUGGAUGAUCGUCAUCCUCAUCACCAUAGAGGUAAUGUUUGAGCUGGGACGAGUAUUUUUUCUGAUCAAGUGAUGACCAAAGGAAAAGUGUCAUUGCAAGGAGAUAUCCAAGUUCUACAAUCAAAAAUAAAUGCUCACCUGUUAAAAUUUUUUAAUAGGUAUUUAAUUUUUUGUAAAUCAAGAAAUUGUUACACUGACCUUUUUCAGUUCCUAAAUGUAUUGCUGCUUGAAUAAAAAUUAUGAGGAACCUGGCA